UCUCCAAUUAGGUUACUUUCCCGUUGAACUACAGAAAACCCCACCGUCAGCAGCGUCAACAUCUCUAUCCCCCCCCUCAUGGCGGCCAUUAGAAGAAUACAGAAGAAUAUGUUGGAGCUUUUAUCACAAUCAUCAAGUGCUGGUUUGAUAUCAUCGUCCUCUACCCUCAAACCCUCUCCAUCUCUGUUCAUCUCCCGCAGAGGGAUAGCUUCUAAGCUUUUCGUUGGAGGAUUAUCAUUUUACACCACAGAGAAGGGAUUAUCAGAAGCAUUUUCCCAAUAUGGCCAAGUUAUUGAAGCUAAAAUCGUGACGGAUAGAGUCUCCGACAGAUCAAAAGGUUUCGGAUUUGUUACUUUCGCAUCAGAAGAUGAAGCUCAGAAAGCCCUGACAGAAAUGAAUGGAAAGACAGUAAAUGGGCGUAUAAUUUUUGUGGACAAUGCGAAACCCAGCACUCAUGCUGUUGGUGGGAUGCCAAUAGCACGAGGACCCCCUGAACCAACAGCCGACAACUGAGGCCUUCUGCAAAAUUUGUAUCGAAGAUACUGGCGUGUAGGUUGGAUGCUUAAACAAUACAUCUUACUUUCCUUCCUGUUCUUCUGACUGGUCAAAUCUUUAAAAUUAGGGAUUCCAGUUUGCUAGCAGCAAUCAUAAGCACCGCUCAACGGUAGAAGCAAGAGUUCAAUUGUUGCAUCAGUAACUAGCAGUCACAAAUCCAAUUCUUGAGGCUUCCUGCAACCAAACAGAUAAUAGUCUUUCUCAAUUUCUUCUAGGAUUAUUGGUUCAAAGAAUAAACUUCAUAGGAAUUUGUAUUGUCCUAUUUACCGAUAAAAAGGUAUUUGUAUUGUCCUUGUUGGAUUUUCAACACUGUGCCGUUACUGGCUUUUAUUUAUAUGGUUGGUCCUUUUAAUUUGUAAA